UUUUCCAAGUCAGUCAAAAUGAAAAGCUCUCAUAGUUCGCUUAUUUUUUUACUUUUUUGGGUGCAAGCUUUUGCCCAUACUACCAAUAAUGUCAUAUACGAUGACAGCAGCGAACUGUACAGCUCUUCAGUCACAAGACUUUUAAAACUAUUGGAAAUGGAGGAAAACUUCAUGGAGAAUAUAAAGACAUACACUAAUAAAAUGGCAGAGAAAGUUAAAAACCUGCAAGCAUUUAUCGACUCGACUGACUAUAAAGUAAAGCAAAGUUUGGAAGAUCGUGAAAAAUAUGUCGGUAAUCCAUUAAAUGCUUUUAGUCUUGUAAGACGGACACAUCAAGACUUACCAAAAUGGCAUAAUUACUCACAGCAGCUUGUGGGAAUGGAGGAACUGUAUGCCUUAGAAGAAAUCUUAGCAAAGGCUCCGAAUGAAAAGGACAUGGAGAACUCCUUGCGAGAAAUGCAUCGACUAGAAAAAAUUUACGAUUUGGAGGCCACGGACCUAGCAAGAGGUCGUGUGCAGAACAAGCAAUACGACAUUAAUAUUACCAUAAGGGAUUGUAUUGUUUUGGGCGAGCACAAAUUGCAAGAGGGAGACUACAAACGAGCUUCUAUGUGGUUUCGCAUGGCCCUAAAGCACGAACCCGAGGAAAAUGCCGAGAUAAUAAAUAAUAUUCUAGGAGAUCCAACAGACAGCUUGAAUAUGCAGUACGCCGACUCUAUGAUCAUAUUUGGGAUGAUUAAGUCUAACCCUUCUCUGACUAUCCAAAAGGCUAGAGAAAUAUCCCACGAAGCACUCAACCAAUCUACUCCUGAAGAUGUGAAAUAUCUUAUAAACGAGUUGCUGAACCAAACUGAUCAGGAAAUAGUUUCGGAAAUGAACGUAAAUAGAACAGCCCCAACAAACUAUGAAUUGGGAUGCCGUGGGCGGUUUUCAAGGCGAAAUAAUUUAGUUUGCAGUUACAAUUUUAACAAAACUGAAUUCCUAAGAAUAGCACCCUUGAAACAGGAGGUGAUAAAUGUAGAUCCUCACAUUGUAAUCUACCACAAAGUUAUUAGUGACGAAGAGAUCGCAAGACUCAAGCAGGACCCUGUAAGCAAUCUCAUCAAAAAGCGCAUCCUUCGACGCAUAACCGACAUGACAGGAUACCCUUCUGCACUCACAGAUGACCUUAAAGUAUCCGAUCUCAUUCCAGGAUCUUAUGAUAAGCCUCUUGACAAAUUCGUAGAUGCGAACCAAACGGGAACAUUAAUUUUUUUUCUUGAUAAUGUGGAACAAGGGGGUGCGACGGUGUUUCCAAAACUUGAAGUAUCCAUCUUUCCCCAAAAGGGCAGCUGCCUGUUUUGGUACAAUAUAUUCGAUAAUGGAUACCCAGAUCCUCGCGUUGAAGCUUUGGAAUGUCCAGUUCUCCAAGGAAAUAAAUUGGUUAUAAAAAAACAAGUGCACAAAUUAGGCAACAUUUGCAGACCACAAAAAGGAUUUUUAAAAUAUAAAAUAGAUAAAUAAGAAGUACAAAAUAUUUUCCACUUUCUUAUAAAAAUAUAUAAAAACAUUAAUUGUGUACAAACA